CUUGCUCAGUAGUCAUGAGUUCAAGGACCGAAGGGUGAAGAAUAGCAAACUUGUGCCAUGCAAAAGUUUUGUUUGCGUUUCAUGGCAGCUUUGAAGGGACAGCUCGGGCACAGCCCUACCCAGCAGCCUCAGCCUGCUGUGCUCAAAGGCUUCUGCACCGACGUGAGCAUGAAAUAAGAGCUGCCGGCGUUGGUGUGCGCUCCGGAGGAGGCGGACGGCUCUGCAGACGGGAUGACUCAGUGCACGAGAGUUCAUUAAGUGCCCUUUUGCAUCUGGCCCAUCUUCAAGCAGGCUUAUCUUGCUGCGUCUCGGUGCUGCCCCGAUGACCAGAUACGUGCACGGCAGGAACGAAGCAGAAGUGAAUGUGGGAUGCGGAGCGGUGGCUUCCCGGGAGCGGAACUAGCUGGAUGUUCUCAGCCUCAGGGCACAGCUCUGACUCUGUCUGCGGCGCUGGUGAUGUUCAGCCCGUCCUCUGCUGUGACCCCGUGCACCUCGCCACGGGUGCCCCAGGCCGUCCCCAUGGACCUGCGCAUCGGGCAGCGUGUUGUCAAGCCCGGCUCCGACACGGCCUUGCUGGCUCUGAAGCACACGCAGCAGCUGCAGCACCAGCUCUUCCUCGCCAGCCUGCACCAGCAGCAAGUGGAGCAGCUCGCCCACCAGCACGUCAGGGUGACCAUGGAGACCUCGCACCGUGAGGCAGAGCCUGGGCAGCAGGAGCAGGAGCUGCGGCAGAUCCUCAAUAAGGACAAGAGCAAACGAAGUGCUGUGGCCAGCACAGUGGUGAAGCAGAAACUGGCUGAGGUCAUCCUGAAGAAGCAGCAGGCAGCAGCUUUGGAAAGAACCAGCAACCCCAACCCUCCAGCCAUGCCAUACAGAUCUCUGGAGCCUCUGGAUCCUGAAGGUCCUUCCCCUCCUGUACUCAGCACCUUCCUGUCCCCGGUCCCUAGCACUUCUCUUGAUCCCCCAGAGCAUUUUCCACUGCGGAAGACAGCAUCUGAGCCCAACCUGAAGGUGCGUUGCAAGCCCAGGAAGUGCCUGGACCGCCGCAAGAACCCCCUGACACGGAAGGAGAGCGCUCCCCCCUCUCUGAAAAGGAGACCACCUGAGACCAUUGAUUCCUCCCCAAGCAGUAGCAGCACCCCUGUGUCCGGCUGCAGCUCUCCCAAUGACAGCCUCCCUGCUGAGCACGGAGCUCUUCCCACUGCCUCCAGCAUGGCCCACGAGGCACCCCUGGCCCAGCGCCUGAUGAUGCAGGAGAGCUCCCUGGCCCAGUUUGCCCUGCAGAGUGCAGUCUCCCUUCCUGCCAUCACACUGGGAUUGCCGGCCACCACUAGUGCCAGGGGAGAUGCGGAUCGUCGCCCACUCUCUGGCCUGGCACACCGAGUGCCUGUGCUGAAUGGGCCUGUCCUCACGGGCACACACUCACCCAUGUUCAUCCCAGCUGGCUUGGAACAGCACGAGGCUGGGAGCCCCUUGUCCCCUCGGCUCCAGCCUGUCAUCAUCCUCGAGCCCUCAGUCACCCACGCUCCACUUGUGGCAGUGCCAGGUCUGGGGACAGUGCCCUUCUCCUUCACCCCAUCGCUCAUCUCUGCAGAGCGCCUGUCGCUCCCAGGCCACCACAAACCACUGGGCAGGACCCGCUCAGAGCCCCUGCCCCAGAACCCCAAAGCCAUCCAGCAGCAGCUGGUGUACCAGCAGCACCAUGCCCAGUUCCUGGAGAGGCUCAAGCAGCAGACUCACCUGGGCAAGCGCAUGGUGAAAACCAGCGAGAAGCCCCGGCUGCGGCAGAUCCCCUCCUCAGAGGACAUGGAGGCAGAGGGGAUGGAGGCUGGGGCUGAGAGCAGCGAGCAGGCAAGGGCAUGUGUGGAGCCUGCACGGCCGGGGAGCAGCGGGAAGGAGCCUGAGAGGCCUCAGAAGAUGCUGCAGCCUCAGGAGGAGCUCAUCCUCCAGCAGGCCUAUCUCUGGGACCCCUACCAGCGUGUGCAGCACCAGCUCCUCAAACGGCAGCCCCUGGCUGACUCCCCCAUGGUCCCAACCAUCCUCGCAGGGCACAGACCUCUCUCCAGGGCCCAGUCAUCUCCUGCCACCGCAACUGUCUCCCUCCCUGCUCAGGAUACGACCUCCAAGGCGCUCUCCCUGCCGGUGCAGGAGCAGACCAGCAAGCCCCAUUUCACAACAGGACUGGUUUAUGACUCGGUGAUGCUCAAACACCAGUGCUCCUGUGGUGACAACAGCAACCACCCAGAGCACGCAGGGAGGAUUCAGAGCAUCUGGUCUCGACUGCAGGAGAGGGGUCUGCGCAGCCAGUGCGAGUGUCUGCGGGGACGCAAGGCCACCCUGGAGGAGCUGCAGUGUGUCCACACCGAACGCCACGUCUUCCUCUAUGGCACCAAUCCCCUCAACCGCCUGAAACUGGACAAUGGGAAGCUGGCAGGGAUUCUGUCACAGCGGAUGUUCGUCAUGCUGCCCUGUGGAGGGGUGGGGGUGGACAGUGAUACCAUCUGGAAUGAGCUGCAUUCCUCCAAUGCAGCCCGCUGGGCCGCAGGCAGCGUCACCGAGUUGGCCUUCAAAGUGGCCAGCAGGGAGCUGAAGAAUGGUUUUGCUGUGGUGCGGCCGCCCGGACAUCACGCAGAUCCAUCCACUGCCAUGGGGUUCUGCUUCUUCAACUCGGUGGCCAUUGCUGCCAGGCAGCUGCAGCAGAAAGGGAAACUCAACAAGAUCCUCAUUGUGGACUGGGAUGUUCACCACGGCAAUGGGACCCAGCAGAUCUUCUACAGAGACCCCGAUGUUCUCUACAUCUCUUUGCAUCGUCACGACGAUGGAAACUUCUUCCCUGGCAGCGGGGCUGCUGAUGAGGUUGGUGCUGGCCCUGGUGAGGGAUUUAAUGUCAACAUAGCCUGGACUGGAGGCCUUGACCCCCCCAUGGGUGACCCUGAGUAUCUGGCGGCUUUCAGGACGGUGGUGAUGCCAAUCGCACAUGAAUUCUCCCCUGACGUGGUGCUGGUAUCAGCUGGCUUCGAUGCAGCUGAUGGCCACCCACCACCCCUGGGUGGCUACAAAGUCUCUGCUAAAUGUUUUGGCUACAUGACCAAGCAGCUGAUGAGCCUGGCUGGGGGGGCCGUCGUCCUGGCACUGGAAGGAGGCCACGACCUCACAGCCAUCUGUGAUGCAUCCGAAGCCUGCGUGUCAGCCUUGCUGGGCAAUGAGCUGGACCCUCUCCCAGAAGAAAGCAUGCGGCAGAAGCCCAAUGCCAACGCCGUGCGCUCCUUGGAAGCGGUGAUCCAGGUCCAGAGUAAAUACUGGGUGGCUGUGCAGCGCUUCGCCUCCAAGCUGGGCUGCUCCUUCCUGGAGGCUCAGCACCACGAGGCAGAAGAGGUGGAGACGGUCACAGCCCUGGCCUCCCUCUCAGUGGCCGUGAUGGUGGAGAAGAGGCCACAAGAUGAGCCUAUGGAGGAGGAGGAGCCCAUGAACCAGUGAUGAGCGGUGAUGUUCUCUGCUCCCCUGCUUCCAGGACGUGGUCGGACUCUUCCCGAGCCCAGUGCUCGCUCUUCACUCCUGGCUUCCCAUUUGCCACUCACUCCCUGAGUCACAGUCCGGAAAGGGGCUGGACCUUUGGCUGCCACGCAUCCAAGAAAGGAUGCUCCUGCAGCCACCCUGGAGAUGGUCUCCUGCUUGGGACAGAUGGAAAACAUCAACCUCCCUCUGCACAGCACGGUGCUGCCAUCCUACACUGUGCCUGCAAUCAGUCCCCGACCUUCAGAACCCGAAGUCUUUCUUGGGGAUGUGCAAGAGGCCACCAGCCCUCCGGUGCAGACCUGCCCUUCUCCUGGGAUUUUUCCUUAUGCUUGGGGAACGGGUGGGUGUUGGGAUGGAUGUUGUGGCCACACCAUCAGAACUGCACCCAGAGCUCCUCUGCAGUCAGCUGUGCCUUGGAGCAGCAGCCCUCUGUCUUGCUUGAGAGGGACAGGCUCUCAAAGGCUUCCCCAGUGCUCCUCUUCCUCUCCGGUAGGGCACAAGGUGGGAGCAAGAGUGCCAGUGCUAUGGGCUGUGACCUCAUUCUGCACGAGAAGGGUUUGGAAAGCAUUGGAUGAUGCACCCAUUGCUUUGCAGCUGGGGAAGAGCAAGGGCUGGAGUGCCUGCAGUGCCCAGGAUUGCACCCGUGGGACAUCUUAACCACUAACCAGAGAGCAAACCCUCUGGUGCUGGGGCUCUGAUUUGCACUAUAUACAUAUGAGAUGUGCUAAUGUGAA